AUGAAAGACGUCCAGUUCGAGAAAACUCGGAGAGCGCUUCAGUCAAAGCAAAGGGAUCUAAAACGGAAAGGCAUGGGCAACAAGCCUAAUGCUUCUGCUGCUUUAAGUGAGGAAGAUAUUCAAGUUCUGUUUGAAAGGAUCUCUUGGGAAGUUCCACGGCAGAAGCGCCUUUAAACACGGUAUGGUUCAACAACAUAAUCCAGUUCGGGUUAAUAGGCUGCAAGGGGCACAGAGAAAUGUGUUCAGGGGGAGACUUAAAACUUUGUCAAAACUUCCACAGGGCAGGAGUACCUCGAAUUCACUGAAAGAGAAACCAAAACUCGUUCAGGAAACGAUCCCCGGAAUGUAAGAGCCAUUGCACCGAAAAUUUCUGCUGUGCCGAACGACCAGAAAUGUCCAGAAAAAGGCCUACAAAGUCUACGCAGAAAAGCGACCCGCGGAAAUGAAAUCCGAAGACCGGAUGCACUGUUUUACUCUGGCAGUAAAUAA